GUCAAAAGAAAGGGAACGCGGGACAAUAGUAAGUGGAAUAUUAUACCGCAUUUCAUUUUCGCAUCUGCUGCCUCGACAAUUUAGCGUGUUCCACUAAGAACAAUUGAAUUAGAGGUGCAAGGGGCUGAAAGUCUGUGAUGUUAUCCAUAAAACUUUUACUACUUUUAUUUGCUGUUGGUUGGACAACAGCAGAUGAAAGACAAAGACGACAAGCUCCCUACGGAGCUUAUGAGGGCAGCUACAACGGGGCUGCUAGUUACAGUCCGCAACGGCCACAAGAGCAAGCAUAUCAGCCACAACAGGCCUAUGGCCCUCCACAGGGAUACGGCCCGGCGCAAGCGGCUAGACCACAGCGCCCUAGAGGAGGAUCUGCUCCCGAUGAAGAAGAAAAGGACGAAGGACCACAUCCUCUGCAGCUGCUGCUUGAAAAGUCCAAAUUUGAAUGCGGCGGGAAAUCUGACGGCUACUACGCAGACAGUGAUGUCGGCUGUCAAGCCUUCCACUAUUGUGUCUCUGGACAGAAGCAUUCUAUGAUGUGCCCUGAAGGCACCGUUUUUCACCAAGUUCAUCUAAAUUGCGUGCCAGCGGAUCAAGAUAUCUGUUCCAAGGCAAAUCAAUUUUAUUUCGUCAACGAUUAUCUCAAUAAACAACUUGAUCAAAGGGGACCAAACAAUACUAUUCAGUACGCCCAAAGAUAUUAUCCUGAAGGAUAUGCAGUUGGCGAUCCCUUCAUCCCUCCCAAAGAAAAUCAACAAAGAGAGCCUCCAGCAGCAACUUACGGUUUAGGCCCCGCCUACAGAGAACAAGCUCCUCCUCAAAAUAGACCUCAGCAGGCAGUCGCUGCCCAUCGUCCACAACCAGCAGCAUAUGGUCAUCAACAACAGUCUUAUGCAGCUCAGAGACCAGCACCACAGCCAGCAAGACCAGUUGCCUACCAGCAGCAACAACCAGCUAGGCCCGCUUAUCAACAACAACCAGCAAGGCCGGCUGCUUAUCAACCUCAACAGCCAGCGAGACCUGCCGCUUAUCAGCCAGCUCACAGAGCAGUUGCCUACCAACCUCAAGAACAAGCUCAACCUGUAGCCUACGGCUACGGAGCUAAUGCUGAGCAAGCGCAUUUACAGCAAGCUUUGCAAGCGCAGCAAGCAUACGCUCAACAGCAACAGUCAGCUCAACACUAUCCUGCUGCUCCUCAGCAGCACUUAUAUGGGGCUGAAGCGCAGAGACCCAGAUACGUGCCACAAUUUUAGAGACUUUCGGAUAUGAACUUCAAGCAGCUAUUUAAUAUGAAAUGUACAUUAUAACAGGGAUUAAUAUAUGGUACCUCCAUCAAUAUUUUUAAUAGCAAUUAUAAAAAUAUAAAGUUAACGUUUCAAUCAACUAAGAGAGCUUGCAGAUGUUUAAUUAAGAUUGAAAUGUCUUUUAGUUACUGUUCUUCUCAAAAGUAUGGAUACCUAUUGCGACGGUUCUCUAGUGACAAAAUGCAUAAUCAUUAAGAAAAGCAUAUUGUGAUAUAUUUUUAUGCAAAGUAUAUGAUGCUACGAAAUUAACAUUUACUGAUAUUUAAUUCAUAAAAGUGGCAAGGUUUUCUUUAUUAUUUUUUAUUGCUAAUAUUUUAGCACAUAUUGCAAGUUUACUUUGCUUCAAAAUGUAACUUGAUUGUUUGGGAUAUUUUCAUAAAUAUAUGAAGGGGUUUCAGUUUCAACAUUAUAUGGCUGCGUUUUUGUAAAAUAAGACAACGUCUGAAAUUUGUUUUUGUAUAUUUAUCGAGUUUUGUCCAUUUUGUGUGUUCCUGUCUUAAUUUUUUGA